AUCAGUACAAAUCCCAGGACAGAGACAGCAUUACGCAUCCUUGGUCAUCCAGUUCGCUGUUCAGAGGCUACGACUCAUCUAACCAGAAUAAAAUAACCGAUUUCUCCGGCCGCUCGGCACAGUAAACGUCACGCGGCUGACAGCAGUAUAUGAGAACGCGAUUAUCAAGAUCUUUCUCAUCAUGGCGACUUCCAACGACCAAUACAAGCGCGUUAUCCUUGUAACCGGGUCCAACGACGGGAUCGGCUACGAGCUCGUCAGGCUCCUAGCUGAGAAAGGCCACACCGUUUAUCUCGCUUCAAGGAAGGAAGCAUCUGGAAAAGCUGCACAAGCCAAAUUGAAAGACCAAGACGGCGUCAAUGUCAAAUUGGUCCAGCUCGAUGUUACGGAUGCUGUCUCGAUCCAAGCAGCGAAGGAUACCAUCGAGAAAGCAGAAGGAAGAUUAGAUACGCUCGUAAACAACGCGGGUAUGAGCUAUAUGACAGAACCCCAAGGAUCCCUCACUGUCUCACUCGACACGCUUCGGAAGACCUUCGAGCCCAACUUUUUUGGGCUAGUCCAGACUACUCAGGCAUUCGUCCCUCUCCUUCGGGCAGCGCCAAAGGGGUACGCUUGUAUUCUGAACGUCUCCAUGGCGCUGGCGUCGAACACGCGUCAAUCUGGUCCAGGACAAACAUUGCACUUUGCUGCUUAUAACUCAAGCAAGGCGGCGAUGAAUUCGUACUCAAUUGUAUUGGCGAAGGAUCUAGAGGCGGAGGGCAUCAAGGUUAACAUGGUGUGUCCAGGGUUUGUGACGACCAAGUUGAACGGAUAUCGGCCUGGAGGGAAGACUCCCCAGGACGGAGCGAAGUCGCUUGUGCCGUGGGCGCUGUUGGGUCCUGAGGAUGCGGGUAAGACUUGUUUGUUUCAGAAUGAGGACGGACCGCUUCCUUGGUAGUUUGUACCUAACGUAUAUCUGUCAGGUAUACAUAUGGCUUGGAUAUCAGGAGCCCUCAAUAUUCCGUUCCACAUGAGUGCACGACUGCAGUGCACCAUAUUUGCUUUCAAAACGUUCCCCGACUAAUUCUGCAAGGAUGCCAGCACCUGCUUAGGGAGAGAUCAUGUCGAAUUGCUUGCUGACGUUUUCUGAUAGUAAUG